AUGCAUCAGCAGGCGAGACAGCCGCCCAGGCUGUCCGUAUCGCCAGCGUCAUCGCCGCAGAUCAACCAAAUCAGCCAGAUCCGAUCCAACACCACCAGAGAUGCCGCACAAAACAACCGCCAACGAGCCGGCUCCAAUGUCUCUGGGAGAGAUCCCGUGUCAUCCCCGACCGUAGAAAAUCAUCCUACCAUGGGUCCUCCGGCGGAUUCCAUCAAGAAGCUGGAUCAGAUCGUCCAGAACUUCUUCAACAAAGCCGCCGUUCUGAUUCUCGAGUCCAGAAUGAGAGUGAAGCCUACACGUAAUGCAAACGGACAGAGGAAGACGAAUAAAUGGUUUCAAAUAGAGACGGACGAAUUAGACGACUUCAGAGACGAUCUCAAGAUUUGGAAAACAUGCGGAAGCUUGGAACAUCACCCACCACCUUUAAUAAUUGAGGUUUAUCUGGAUACGUCCAGCCUCAAAGAGAGCCAAAGUCUUGUCAUUCUUGAUGACGAAGGCAAGCGUUGGGAUGUAAUGGAACAACUAAACUCAUCCGAAUCCUCAAGUGGCAGUUAUCACACUGCCCCAACAUCAAGAAAUGCAGAAGUCAUACUCGAGCGAUGGCGUAUCGAUCUGAAGACAACCGGAACUGUUCCCACCGAGGACUUUGGUCCAAUCCUGCCCACAAUCUACAAGAAGGCUAUUGUCUUCUUUCGAUCUCUGUUCAUCACAACCAAGCUCCUGCCAGCUUGGAAAUUCGCCAGCCAAGGUCCAGCAAAGUCUUCGCAUCCUGCCCUCACUCCCCGAUGCCGUAUUCGUACAAGCGAGCCAGGCAGGUUAGCUACGGAUUUACUGAAGCAGCCAAUCGAUGGUCGACGGGACCCUGUUACUGAAUAUGUGUUUGGGGAUCUUGAUGUACCCGUUGGGCGACUUAGCACAGCCGUCACAUAUCGCAAUGACUGCAGCUUCCGCAUUGACGAUGCCGAGUCAUUACUAAGUUCUCGCUUUAUGGGAGUUGAUGAGAAUUUCUUCAAACCUUCAGUUCCCCAGAGGACUGACCGACCGCAUGGUCAGAUUGCAGAAGUUGGGUCACUCCGUGACCAUCGUCGUGGCACUGCACUGAGCGACCUUCACCAAACCUAUGGCAGCUUGUCAACAUUCCACGGUGAUGGCCCACUGGGAACAAGCCCCCUAUCAGCACUGAGAUCCGUCAAACCCCCUGGCUCAGAUACUAGCUCUCCGCCUUCAUCUUUCCCAACAAACACUGGUGUUGAAGUCGCCCCUAGUUCCAUGCCCAUUUCAAGUCGAGUGCCAGCACCUCGUCCGGUUACCAGUCGGCCCGGUGAGAGCUCAAGCAGGCGGACUUCAAUAUCGUUCCAACCCUUUAAAGCUGGAUCCCUCUCCGGAUCACCGGUUCCACGACAUUUGGAGCCCGAAUCUCCUUCAUAUGCACACUCACAAACACGCCCUGUCAGCUUCCCAGUAAGCUCACAACCUCGCAGCAGAAGUUCACUGACGGCAGGGAUGCCCGCCUCCCUUCGUGGCGGGCCACCCUCCACGUCUGUUGAAACACCAACGGUUGGUUCGCCUCGUCCAGCGUCCACCGGCCGUUAUAGCAGCAGUUUCACGCAUCGACGAGGGCGUCCGUCCUUGGGCCGAGCCGGUGACGACGAACAAAAUAGUAGCGGACGACAGAGCCUCGCCUCUUCGGUAGCACAACCGGGGUCAGGUUUACUGGCGGAAACUGGAGGUAGUUCUGGAUCAUUACACGUGGAGGAGGAUGAUAUCUCGGACUUUUUGAAAGCUCUGGAUAGCCGUAAAACUCUCAAGAGCUUUGAGCCGGCCAAACGUGGUGAAUCGGCGACGAAUCGAACGGUGGCCCAGCUGUCCAAGUUUCACUUGAUGCGAGACUCGAAUAACGCACUGACAGAGUCCAUGACCUCGUCAAUGCAAAUGCAACGGUCUUCCAGCUCCUCAAGCCGGCAACUAACAAGCGUUCCUGGCAUGGUUGCCCCGGCUUCCAUGUCUGCCUCCUCUUCUCCUGGCAAGCCCGUGUCCCCCCACACACCCCAUACGCCCGCGAUUCCAUCUCGGUUAAGCGAGAACUCAAUAAUCGACUACACUGCUACCGGAAGAAUAUCAUCUAGAGGUGGCCGCCGGCAAGAACCUACAGUACCAGAACCAAGCAGAGAAAGUACCAUUACGCAGGAGGGUACAACUGCUAUUGAUAUACCAUUGUCGCCACGCCUGGGUUCGUAUCAAAGGCGCUCAAGCUCCGCAGCUCAACAGACUCGGGCAAUGGUUGAGGAUGACGACACAGACUUGGCAUUUGCUGGCGCGCAUCGCAGCAUCAGUCUUGGAGCUGACGACAGAGAACCCCCUACCAUGAGCAUCUUACUGGGCCGACAGAUGCAAAUGGAGGAAGAGUCGGCAGGUGGUGAGGGCAUCACAAGUAGCCUGCAACCGGCAGCCGAGAUUCAGCCGUCAGAUGCGUCGACAUCGGAUGUUAUGCAACGUGGCUCCAAUGACGACAAUCUCCCGGAUGGGUUGAUACCUUCAAGUGCUCAGUCGGGGUCACCAUUCCCAAGACGACGAUAUGCGGGCAUGGGGGCAGCUUCCAAAGCAACACCACCGCAAUCAUCACGGGGUAGCUUUACUGGAUCACUCAGCCGGUUAGGGCGGGCAGAUGAUGAGUCGGUUGGCGAGGAGCCGCUUGUAUUCGACCUAUCGGAAAUGGACGCGCAAGGCAGACGUAGCCUGGAAGAAGGACGUGGAGGAGGCAACGCAAGCAGUGAACGGGGAGCAUUUGAGCCAAGGGGUACAACACGAAGAGGGUGGUAA